AUGGAAAAACCGGACAGUGAUGGAUAUGUUAAUAUUAAAUGGCCGAGUAAAACAAUCCCCCACGGAGGAGUGUUUCACACAAGAGCCGUCGAAACUAAUAAGUCACAGCAGGAAUUUCUCAAAGUAUUACUUGAGGAAUCUAAACUAAGUAUCGCCCAGCGUCAGAAGAACUUAUAUAACUUACGACAGCCAGAAAUAAAAAAGGAAAAACAGCCUCGUAUUCAGGAGCCUUUAAUAAGACCAAGGACGUCUCGCCGAAGAUCGCUUUCAGUUAUACGAGAAUCUGGGGCUCUAGAUGUCGACGAUUUUCGUCCGUUAAAACGAGGGGAGGAUCGUGAGAAAUUAAAAAAUCUCUUGAUAAAUAAAAUGGCAUAUGGAGACACAGAACAAAAACCGCCAACUCCCCCGCGACUUCCAAAACCGAAACCUGAGUUGCCAACCAAAAAGGAACAAUGGAAUGACUUAAUCACGCAAAUACGAGAACGUGCUGAAUGGCUGGCAGAAAUGGAGGAUUUGGGGCAAGGAGCUAUACAUCGUGAUCUUAUAAAGGAUCAGAUAGCUGAACGGAUGCGAGCGCUUGACGCUUUAGGUAUUGAUAGCCAGUGCUCUUCAGCCAGAUCCACUGCAUCAGGGUUUAGUGUACUACCGAGUGAAAGGAGCGUACACUCUAAAACUAGUUCUGGUUCAAAGAAAAGCAUGCAACAAAAAACUUCAGAUAGAAAUAAAAAAAAAUUGAAUCAAAAAGCAUUUCGAAAACAAGAGGAAAAUGUUUCGGCGUAUGGAAAAUUAUCACCGCUACAAUAUUCACCCAGAAGAAGAGUUUGA